UUAAAAUAAAGAAGAUGUACUUAAGAUGAAAAAUAUUCUUAUCUAAGUUUAUACAUAUGAUGUAAUGGCUUAAUAUUUACAAAAUUGAUAAUUUUAAUAUUCAAUUUGAACAUAAUGCCAAAUUAAAAUUAGAUUUGACGUAUAGGGAUCAAAUUGUUUAAAUUAAAACAAUAGAGACCAAAAUAAAAUUUGAAUAAAACUUUAAGGGUUGAAAUUACCCGAUGUUAAGCAUUAAAAUAGUUAUUUUUAUAUAAUAUAUGGGCUUGUUGGGUGGGCUCGAAAUUGUAAUACUAUUUUUGGGCCAGAUUUGGUAUGAGAGUUUUAGGCGUGAAGUUAGACUAGGCUGCACUUGGGCACAAAAGUUUUCUAUGCAUUACCUCAACCUAGUCUCAGUCUAGCCUGGCCGAACCUAACCUGAUGUUUGGCAAUUCCCUGGGCUAAUUGCCUCCAAAUUCUAACAAUGUCAAGACAAAAGAUGAUUCUUCUUAGCUCUCAUCUAUUAUUUUUCUGUACAGGAGUAAUCCUUUCGCAAAGAAUUUUAUUUGCUUUAUGUGCACUUGGGUUUUUAAUCCAAAAGUUUAGGACAAGGCAUUUUUCGAUGUUCGACAGCAUUGAAAGUUAUCUAAGAAGUCAGAAUCACCUCAUGCCUAUUGGCUACUCUUACUCAGACAUUAAGAACAUGACCAAAGGUUUCAGGGACAAAUUGGGAGGAGGAUAUGGUUCUGUCUAUAAAGGAAAGCUUAGAAGUGGUCAUCUUGUAGCGAUCAAGGUAUUGGGAAAGGCCAAAGCUAAUGGACAAGAAUUCAUCAAUGAAGUUGCUACCAUAGGAAGAAUUCAUCAUGUUAAUGUGGUUCAACUAAUUGGAUAUUGUGCUGAGAGAUCUAAGCGAGCACUUAUAUAUGACUUCAUGCCAAAUGGAUCUCUUGAAAAGUAUAUAUUUUCUCAAGAUAGAGAUAUCUCCUUGAGUUGCACUCAAAUGUAUGAGAUUUCUCUAGGAGUGGCUCGCGGGAUUGAAUAUUUGCAUCGGGGUUGCGAUAUGCAAAUCUUGCAUUUUGAUAUCAAGCCACACAACAUACUUCUUGACGAGAAUUUCAUUCCAAAAGUUUCUGACUUUGGGCUUGCAAAAUUGUAUUCAACAGAUGAUAGCAUUGUGACUCUAACUGCUGCAAGAGGAACAAUGGGUUAUAUGGCUCCAGAAUUGUUCUACAAAAAUAUCGGAGGCGUUUCAUAUAAAGCUGAUGUUUAUAGUUUUGGAAUGCUGUUGAUGGAAAUGACUGGUAGGAGAAGGAAUAUAAAUGCCUUUGCUGAUCAUACAAGCCAAAUUUACUUCCCUUCUUGGAUUUAUGACCAAUUCAAAGCAGGAAGGGAGAUAGAAAUGGGAGAGACUAAUGAGGAGGAAAGGGUGCUGGUAAAGAAGAUGGUAGUAACAGCUCUGUGGUGCAUACAAAUGAAGCCGAGUGACCGUCCUUCAAUGAACAGAGUAGUGGAGAUGCUUGAAGGCAAUGUUGAACAACUGCAGAUGCCCCCCAAACCUUUUCUGUGUCCACAAGAUAAGCCAAAUGAAGAUCAUAGAAUUGACACAAACCCUACAAAUUUGCCUAUGCCAUCAGGUGAUCAAUGCAUAAAUUCCAUCAUUUUGAAUGUAAGUGAACCUUAAAUGGUUUUAUUUCAAAUGCUUUGUAUUUAAGCAAAUUAAUUGAUGAGAUCCUCAAUUGCUCAUGUAAUUGAGGCAGUCUUAUUAAACAUAUAUGAUUGGAAACUAUGCAUUACUAGAUUAAAUUUGAGUAUGGAAAAUUGGUAUUUUGUUUAAAUGA